ACCUCCUCCUUGGCAAAUAGUCCUCGGCAGGGUCCGAAUUCUUGGAUAAUAGGAGAGGGGAAGCACGAGGAAGUGCAGUCAGGGGACGCGGAACUGACAAGGAGAGGAAGCCAGGUACCGAGGUUUCUGCGAUAGCGUGUGAAGUUAGCUAAUAACACCCUCCCUCUGAAGGAUCCCUCCGCCUGCAGUAGCGGUGGUGAGGCUGAGGGAGCCGCCAUUUUGGAUGUUCGGUUCCUGCUGCCACUGCCGCCGCCGCCCCCGGAGCUGCUGGUUUCAUUCGAGGUUUCGUGCCGGUUCCUUUGAUGUUUCAUAUUUAUAUGCGGCACCCUCUGGUGCCCAGAAGCUCUACUGUCUGGAGCUGUUCAGUCCCUGGAGCAAUGUCGGGGGUUGCAGGGGAGCGGUGUUGGUGCCUGUGGGGAGGAAAGAGCUGUUUCCUGCUUUCCGGCUGCUAUGCCUGUCUCCACUGCCAGAACCAGUUGGCUGAGCACACAGAGGAUGCCAGCCCCCAUCCGAUUGCGGGAGCUGAUCCGGACCAUCCGGACAGCCCGAACCCAAGCCGAAGAACGAGAAAUGAUCCAGAAGGAAUGUGCUGCAAUCCGGUCAUCUUUUAGAGAAGAAGACAAUACAUACCGAUGUCGUAAUGUGGCAAAGUUACUAUAUAUGCACAUGCUGGGCUACCCUGCUCACUUUGGACAGUUGGAGUGCCUCAAGCUUAUCGCCUCUCAGAAAUUCACAGACAAACGCAUUGGCUAUUUAGGGGCAAUGCUGCUCUUAGAUGAAAGACAAGAUGUCCAUCUCCUCAUGACCAACUGUAUCAAGAAUGAUCUUAAUCACAGUACGCAAUAUGUUCAGGGGCUAGCACUUUGUACCCUCGGCUGCAUGGGCUCCUCAGAGAUGUGUAGAGAUCUUGCAGGGGAGGUAGAGAAACUCCUGAAAACUUCGAACUCUUACUUGAGAAAAAAGGCAGCACUGUGUGCUGUUCAUGUCAUCAGGAAGGUUCCUGAGCUUAUGGAGAUGUUUUUACCAGCAACAAAAAAUUUAUUGAAUGAAAAGAACCAUGGUGUCCUUCACACAUCUGUAGUCCUCCUCACAGAAAUGUGUGAGCGAAGCCCAGACAUGCUUGCACAUUUCAGAAAGCUUGUGCCCCAAUUAGUUCGUAUUCUAAAGAACCUCAUCAUGUCCGGAUAUUCACCAGAACAUGAUGUUUCUGGUAUCAGUGACCCCUUUUUGCAGGUACGAAUUUUGCGGUUAUUAAGAAUUCUAGGACGAAAUGAUGAUGACUCAAGUGAAGCUAUGAAUGAUAUAUUAGCACAGGUUGCCACUAAUACAGAGACUAGUAAAAAUGUAGGAAAUGCUAUUCUUUAUGAAACGGUUUUAACUAUCAUGGAUAUUAAGUCAGAGAGUGGAUUGCGAGUCCUAGCCAUAAAUAUUCUGGGUCGUUUCUUAUUGAACAAUGACAAGAAUAUUAGAUAUGUAGCUUUGACAUCUUUAUUGAAGACUGUGCAGACUGAUCAUAAUGCCGUACAGAGGCACAGAAGCACGAUUGUGGACUGUCUGAAAGAUUUGGAUGUCUCAAUAAAACGGCGUGCAAUGGAAUUGAGUUUUGCCCUGGUAAAUGGGAAUAAUAUCCGAGGCAUGAUGAAGGAGUUACUUUAUUUUCUGGAUUCAUGUGAGCCAGAAUUUAAAGCAGACUGUGCAUCUGGAAUCUUUCUUGCUGCAGAAAAGUAUGCACCUUCCAAACGGUGGCAUAUAGACACAAUUAUGCGUGUUCUGACAACGGCAGGAAGCUAUGUUCGUGAUGAUGCAGUCCCCAACUUGAUCCAGUUAAUAACUAAUAGUGUGGAGAUGCAUGCCUAUACUGUCCAGCGCUUGUACAAAGCAAUUCUUGGUGAUUAUUCUCAACAACCUUUGGUACAAGUAGCUGCAUGGUGUAUAGGUGAAUAUGGAGAUCUUCUCGUAUCUGGCCAGUGUGAAGAGGAAGAACCUAUUCAGGUAACAGAGGAUGAAGUGUUGGAUAUUUUAGAAAGUGUCCUAAUCUCUAAUAUGUCCACCUCUGUGACACGAGGUUAUGUCCUCACUGCCAUUAUGAAGCUCUCUACUCGAUUCACCUGUACCGUAAACCGAAUUAAGAAAGUGGUUUCGAUCUAUGGAAGCAGCAUUGAUGUGGAACUCCAGCAGAGGGCAGUAGAAUAUAAUGCACUUUUUAAGAAAUAUGACCAUAUGAGGUCUGCCCUGCUUGAGAGAAUGCCUGUCAUGGAAAAAGUGACCACAAAUGGCCCUACUGAGAUUGUUCAGACAAAUGGAGAGACAGAACCAGCUCCACUGGAGACCAAACCACCACCCUCUGGGCCACAGCCCACCAGCCAGGCCAAUGAUUUAUUGGACUUGUUGGGAGGAAAUGACAUAACACCUGUUAUUCCCACUGCACCUACAAGCAAACCAGCUUCUGCUGGUGGAGAACUUCUUGAUUUGCUAGGAGACAUCAACCUUACAGGUGCUCCAUCUGCUGCUCCCGCCCCCACCUCAGGCCCGCAGCUCUCCCAGCCUCCCUUCUUGUUGGAUGGGCUUUCAUCACAGCCUCUUUUCAAUGACAUCGCUACAGGCAUUCCCUCCAUCACAGCAUACAGUAAGAAUGGCCUGAAGAUAGAAUUCACCUUUGAACGGUCCAACACCAAUCCCAGUGUCACUGUAAUAACGAUACAGGCCUCCAAUAGCACAGAGUUGGACAUGACAGACUUUGUUUUCCAGGCUGCAGUACCAAAGACAUUCCAGCUGCAGCUUCUGUCUCCUAGUAGCAGCAUUGUCCCAGCAUUUAAUACAGGGACCAUCACACAAGUCAUUAAAGUUCUGAACCCACAGAAGCAACAGCUGCGAAUGCGGAUCAAGCUCACAUAUAAUCACAAGGGCUCAGCAAUGCAAGAUCUAGCAGAGGUGAACAACUUUCCCCCUCAGUCAUGGCAAUGAUGGUCUGGCACCUUUCUCAUUCUUAUCCCACUCAAUCAAAGGAACUCUGGGAAGGAAGUUGUGAUCGCUGGCAAGUCCCCCCAACUGUACCAUGGGCAUGAGGAGCUGAAGAGAACUGCUGAGGAGGAUUUUUCCUGACCUUGAAGCGUUGUUAAAGACUAAUCUCCUCUCCUCUGCUGUUGAGGCUGGCUGCUUCUGGAGGCUACCUUGCACUCUCCCUCUUCUCCUUUUUCCACACUUCUCCACCCCUCCCACAUUUACGGCCAGAAUCAACAUUCCUUGGGUCCUUGAGGAAAUAAGCAGCUGGUCUGGAGGAGAGGAUUGGAAUCCAUGGCAAGAAAACACUCACUCUGUCUCUGCAGCGAAGAGUUGCCCCUCUUUAUACUGUGUUUCUCUGUGGACUGGGCAAGGUGGGGUAUUUAUUCCUCACUAGCUGGGUUACCAUCUUCAGGCGCUUUUUACAUCUGGCAUUCAGAAUGGAAAUAUGACAGUGGACAUUAGGGAGCCCUGCCUUUUUCUACUGGUUCCCCCAAUGUUUGAAAGAGGCAUUAGGCUCCUGGUAGCCUUCUCUGUGCAUUGCUGUAUAUACACAAACACACACAUGUAUGUAUGUUUGUUACCAAGAACUGGUCAGACCUUGAGAGGUUAUUUGUAUACACUGGAUAGAUGCAGUUAAAAGGAGCUUUUGUUGAGAUUUGGCAUGAAGGAUAUGGUGCUCUAUUUGUAAUAGAAACUUCCAAGGCUCUUCCAGCUCCCCUUUUCUCCAUUCUUUAGCUGUAGUCAUGAAUACUCGCCAUGAUUUUCAAAAUUGAUUCCCCUAAAGCGCAAAGUGGACAACUUCUAAAAGGUAUAUUGUUAUUAAUGUCCCUUUUACUACCACAAAUUUUAAAGUUUCUCCUAAGCCCAUAACUUGCCUGUUGACUAUGGGAAAUGAUUGGAAAGAGGAGUUCACCAUUUUUAAAGAUUAGGCUCCUUAACAAAAGCACCCUUGCCCAUAGAAAGAGUGAGUAUCAGACUCAUCCUGGAGCAUAUUGGAGUCAAAUUCUCCAUUACUCCAAACCUCCUUUUUUAUUUCCUGAGCCUGGCUUGGACCUUGGCAUUCCGUUUGAAUUCCUUCUUCUAACUGGAACAUUUGUGUUGUAUCUGUAACACUGGCACUGAAAUAAAGACCACACGGUUAAAGAAA